CUCAGGUCCGCCUUCGCCGGCCUUUUCCAAUUUCCCCUACCCUAACGGUGCCAUCCGAUGAUCCCUUUCUUCCCUUCUUCCACCGUCUCGCAUUUGCCCUCCGCCGCAUCUGAGCACGAUCGCCGCCGCCUCCAUGCUACUCCGGCUACCCGCAGCCCUAACUGUCCUUCUCACAAUCUCCGCGGCCGCCCUUGUCGUUACAUCUGCAGAAUCCGACCUCGAAUCGGACUGUGCCAAUAGAUGGAUCCACAUCCGGCAUCUCCCCCCUAAAUUCAACCGCAAUCUCCUUGCCAAUUGCUCCGAGUACCCCGUCUUUGGCGAUUUCUGCCCCUACAUCUCCAACCACGGACUCGGCCAGAAGACUCACAAUUCCACGCACAGCUGGUACAGGACCGAUCCUUUUAUGCUCGAGCUUAUUUUCCACCGCCGUAUGCUCGAGUACCCUUGUCUCACCUCCGACCCGAAACAAGCAAACGCCAUCUUCGUUCCUUAUUACGGUGGAAUCGACAGUCUGAAAUACCUCUUUGGUCCGGAAGUUAAUUCCAGUUUCAACCAUGGAUUAGAUUUGUAUCACUAUCUGGCACACUUGGACGCGCCUUCGAUUUGGAGAAAAAACUUUGGGCAUGACCAUUUCCUGGUGAUGGCCCGGCCUGCUUGGGAUUUCAACCAGCCAUCGACGAAUGAUCCACCAAUCUUCGGCACUUCGUUUCUCCAAGUUCCCGAAUUUUUCAAUGUGACUGUUCUGACAUUAGAGGCCCGGGCGUACCCCUAUCAAGAGCAGGCGAUUCCGUAUCCGACGUCGUUUCACCCCCCAAACCUGGGUUUCUUCGAUUCGUGGGUGAACCGGGUGAGGAAGUCGAGGAGGAGCGCACUAAUGCUAUUCGCUGGUGGGGGUGGGAUUUCUGCUAAUCCCAACGUCCGAAGGAGCAUCAGGCUUGAAUGCGAUAGCGUGAGCAACAUGAGUGCCAAUGGAACGGGAUACGGCAAAUUUUGUCACUUGGUGGAUUGUUCGAAUGGGAUAUGCGAGCACGAUCCGAUCAGGUAUAUGAAGCCAAUGCUGCAGGCUAGUUUCUGCUUGCAGCCUCCGGGGGAUAAUCCGACGAGGCGAUCCACCUUCGACGCCAUUCUUGCGGGUUGCAUACCGGUAUUCUUUGAGGAGUUGUCUGCAAAGAAGCAGUAUGGGUGGCACCUGGCGGAGGACAAGUAUAAUGAGUUUUCAGUGUACAUCCCCAAGGAGGAUGUGGUGUUCAAGGGGUUGAAGAUAAUGGAUGUGUUGAUGGGGGUACCGAGGGCGGAGGUGAGGAGGAAAAGGGAGAAGAUUUUGGAGAUGAUGCCAAGGAUCAUAUACAGGAAGCAUGGGAGUUGGUUGGGGUUGAGGAGCAAGAAGGAUGCAUUUGAUAUUGCAGUCGAGGGGGCUCUGCGGAGGAUCAAAUCGAGACUUGAAGAAGAAGGAGAAGAGAUUUCAGGGAACGGGGGAGUGGGAUUAUUAUGAACUGCUGCUUGCCUGCCUGCUAUUUUUGAUGUUUUAUCGUUAUUGUUAUGGAUGUAAUUUGUAAAAUAUAGCUAGCUAGCCAGCCAGCGUGCUCUAUUUGUUCUUGGUUUCUUCCUAUGAAUUUUGGAACCAACAAACUCCUCUGUUGUUUCUGCAUUGCCACUAGAUAAUACAAAUGCCCUUGCUCCAA